UUUUACCAGUGUUCUUUAAUACAGUAUCUGUACUUAUACUGAAGUAUACAGUAUUGUUCUUUUCACGUAGGAGCUCUGUGCUGGAGUUAGAUAUGUUAUGAUCUGUUUGUGUUUUGUUUGCUGAUAAAACAUGUCAAAUGAUUGUUUUAAGCUCUCAACAUGGCGUUACAGGAGCUAUUUAAAUUGGUCUGAAUGUGCAGCAUCAUUGGGGUCUCUCCCGGAGAGUAAUUUCAUCAUAUCGCUUUUUCCUCCUCUUGCAGUACCGCCAUCCAGUUGCAGGCUCAUGCGCGCCAUGGGGCCGUAGAAGCCUUUGGGUGGAAACCAGCACAACCCAACUGUCUUGUGUUCUUCCUCGUUAGCUGGAAACAAGGCUGGAUUGACCUCGUCCCGUCGCUCAAGUCCCAUCAGCCCGGGUGCAGGCAGGUCGGACAUCUGGCUGGUCCUCACAGACGUUCACCCCUCGACUACCAGGAACUCACCAACACACGCGUUCUCAUAUUCAGAAUCCGAAGGGGCUGAGCACUCCCGGAGUCCGUUUUCCUAGAUACUCCCCUGAUGAAUGUGAUUCCAGCAGACUGCAAAGCUCUGGACACAGCUCCGGUGUAAGCAAAGCUGUGACCCCAUCGUUGAACUUAAACGACACCGAAAAACAUUCUGCACCAGAUCCGGCUACACCCAGCGCCUUUCCAUGUCGAAGUCAGCCCAGAUGCCGCUGUCCAACAUCACGGUGUCAAAGCCCUCAAUCUCCCGGGUACCCAGCAGCAUGGAGGGCAUCAACCAUGAGCUGGAGAAGGUCUUUAUCAAAGACAGCGGAGAGAAGGAGGAGUUAAAGUCUCUCGAGGUUCCCGAUGGCCGCCGGGCGCCCUUCCCUCCCCAGCAGCGCAGCAGCUCCAGAGGCACUGACACCCAAAUCCCUUUGGCCCCCGGGCGGUCCAGCAGUUGCUCCAGCCUAUCACCCUGCCCUUCACCUGCCUGUCCAUCAGAAUCGCAUGACAGCAGUCCUUACUCCACAGAGGAUUUACUCGAUGAUCCCGAUAAAGACAGUGAAAGCAGCUCGCCACUCCCCAAAUUCGCCUCCUCACCCAAACCCAACAACAGCUACAUGUUCAAGCGAGAGCCGCCUGAAGGUUGUGAGAAGAUUAAAGCCUUUGAGGAGAUGAGCUCCCGGCAGUCCACAUCAGCAUCGGUUCCCCUCUUUUCCUGUCCCGACAAAAACAAGGUCAACUUCAUUCCAACCGGCUCCGCAUUCUGCCCCGUUAAACUCCCGGGCUCCCUCCACCUCAUGUCAGCCGUCCAGUCUGAAGAGCACGAGGACGGGACAGAGUCAACGCUGCACGGGGACCCCGCUGAAGCCUCGACAAGCGACGCCACAGAUGAUCCUCCAGAGUUGCCCGGCUUACCCACAGAGACUGCAGAUCUGCAGAGAGACAGUCCGGCCAUCAGCUAGAACUGAGCAGAGCUGGUCUCUAGCUCUGGGUUUUACCUUUGUCAUGUAUGACCAGUGACUCUCCCAAAACACCCUCUUCUGCUCUGUCAGAGGGGAGCCUUGGUAAUCUCUGCGCUGACUCCUGUGACCCCUCUACUAUCUCUGCAUGAUGUACAAUCCGUCUCUGGACACCAAUAACCACUUUGACCACCAAGACUGACACCUCAAUGUUCUGCCCUGUAUUACUACCCAACCCGCUUCUGGCAAGGAAAAUCGUAAUUUGUAAUGUGCAGGAAACAUAGGGAAGAAUGGAGCACGAAUGGAAGGGACACGCAUUUUAAACAGAUAGUAUAUUUCUUAUUAAAUUAUGUAUUGUGUUCUGUUUCAAACAUUUGCAGAUUGAAUAAACUCUUUACGUAUGUGAGUGUGUGAGACUCCUCACCCUCAGGCACAAAACUGUGUUUUGAGCAGAAGCCCAAUAAGUGUUGACUGAAAAUCACCAAUUUUCAGAUUUGUGAUUUAAACAUGAGAAAAAGAAGUAAAGGUCAUUUGGCAAUUGGAA